AUGUCUGCAAUGAGAAAUGCCCUACUUCUUCCGACACGGACACGACACGAUACGAAAGAGAAAUCGAAUAUCGUCUCCUUUCUCCUAUCAAUGGCAUCGCAGAUGGCAUAUUCUGACGAAGGAAUCAUGAACAACUUCCUCAAAACUCUCGGAAAAGAUGAUCAUCUGAAGGCUGAUUAUCGUACUCUAUGGCGAAAACUAUUUUUGGAUGGGAUUUUCAAGGUUCAGUGUGAACAAAUUCACUAUUGGGUCAUUGAUGCCUUAGACGAAUGCCAAAAUGAGGCAGAUAUGAUCGCGUUGCUUAUCAGAACGGCUGAGAUCUCUUCAGUACACAUCUUGAUAACUUCACGGAAUCGAUUUGAGUCUCGUCAAAAGCUAGGAAAGUCCAAAGUCCGGGUGCUCUCCGAAGGAAUUCUCCAGGAGGAUAGUAAGUCCGAUAUAACGAUGUAUAUUGAGGCAAACAUGGAUGAUCUCCCUACGCUCGAUGAGGAUGGUGAACAGUCUAUUCUUCACGAAUUCCUCCAGCUAGACCUUAAAACAUCAACAGAUGGUCUCGAAAAGUCCAUACGAUCAUAUUGUGGACAACUCAUUGACAUAGACACAAAUGACCAAGUACAAACGACUCAUCUUACAGCACGACAAUUUCUUCUCGAUGUCAACACAAAUUCGGAGUUCGCGGUCAACGAGAAAGAAGGCCAUCUCCGGUUAUUGUUGGCUAUCUUACGCUUUUUCAACGACAUGGUAGAAAGCCCAAGACGUCGCAGAUCCAGCGGCAACAACACAUAUAAAGAAGGCUCCGCUCUCAUGGGUUAUGCAUCUAAUUAUUUGUCCGAACAUAUAUCACAUGUUCCUUCAAUGGAUCGAGAUGUUUUACUCGGCUUAGCAAAAUUCUUCAAAUCACCCAACGUUCUUCACUGGAUCGAACACAUUACAAAGCAUUCCAAUCAACAACGAUUGGUAGAAACAGGCAAGGCUCUUGGUGCCUUCCUGCAAGAUAGUACAGAUCGGACGUCGAUAAAGUCCGAUGAUAUAGAGUUGCUAACUUGUUGGGCAACUGAUCUGUUUGGAUCUUCAAUUCGCAACAUUAAUGACCGAGGAUUACGAGCUGAAACAUGGGAUGAUUGCUUGGCUACCGUACUCGAUGCCCCUGAGCAAUACUCAAGUCUGGCAUGCUCGAACCGUAUCUGCGUUUGGGAUCUCAAAACUAAAGUACAACUAUAUGUCUGGCAGACGCCUCAACAAUGUAUGGCAAUAUCUCUAGAUAACGAAGGUCGUUAUCUCUUGGCCGCGCUCAAGAAUCACCGCUUGCUCAUCUGGGAUCUUGAAAGCGAGGAUUCACCAGAAGCUAUUGAUUGGACACAGGGCUUAGAAGCCAUGACAAUUCGACUGCACAGACGUCCAACUACUGCUGCUUUUGGCAUCGGAUCAAAUCUUCUAGCAGUUAUAUACAAGGGCCAGGACAUCUUGUUAUGGAGUCUUACCAAUGACGAACUUGUAGCUCUAUAUAGCAGGGAAGCUAGCAUAAGUGCUGCGAGCCUAGGAAGACCUUACGGCUCUUCUGGCGUGCGAUGUCUAGUGUUCGGCAAUGCGUUUAAUGCACAUUUACUUGCAUGCGCAUACACAGAUGGUGAGCUAGUAUUGUUUGAUACCUCUAAAUACCACAGUCUCUCAAUUCCAACCCCUUCAUAUUGUGCAUUAUCCGAGAAUGUUGAGGUUCUGAUCGGUACUACUUGCAUGGGUGCUGAAUCAUCAGAGCGUCUAGUUUUCUUGCAUGGCAGUCAGUGGGUAUGUGCUACCGACACGAGUUCUGCCCGAACGAAUCGUUUCGCACGCCAUUUCUUCUUUCCAGCCGAUUGGCUCGAUACAUCAAAGGACUCUGCUCUUAGUAUGAAGGUGACCAAGAAAGGAGAUGUCCUGUUUGUCAAGGACGACGAGGUUGCGGUUGUAAGGAGAGGGCUACUUACAUCUGAACUAAUGCUAGGAGGUAACGAUGCUUUGGCACCAGCUAUGAAAUAA